AUGCUUCUGAAAGAGGUCAUGGACUGGGCUGCUCCCAACAAGAAGCCUCAUGAAGUGUUUGACUUAAUUGGCGGUACAAGCACAGGCGGAUUGAUCGCAAUCAUGCUUGGUCGAUUGAAGAUGAGCGCCCAGGAAUGUUUGGAUACGUACGACUCAGUGAUGAAAGAUGUUUUUGGGUCUGGGUGGCUUCACAAGCAUAUUGGGAAGUCUUUGGACUAUCUGACCAAGGACAAAACCCUGCUUUGGGAUGAAAGCAACCCGUGCAAAAUCCUUUUGAUGGCAACGCGUGAAGAAUCCGCUAGCAAUCGAGGAACUGUCUUCCUUCGUUCAUACACUAACGAUCUCGAUCCGCCCGAUGUGGAUCUCGCCAACAUCAAAUUGUGGGAGGCGGCCCGGGCCACAUCUGCGGCUCCGGGAUAUUUCAAGCCAAUCGAAGUCGGCCGGGUGAAAUUAGUGGACGUCGCACAGCUGGGGCUUGACUUCAAAUAUGCAAUGCAGAGCUUUGCGGACAUAGCAACCGACACUGAAAACACCAAUAUUCUUUUCCGAGCACUGAUUGAUGCUUUUGCGCCCCACGCUCAGACGAAGAAAUAUUAUCGGCUCAAUGUUAGCAAAGAGCUCCCGGGGCCGGCUGACUCGAAGGGUAUCUUGGACUGGCUCACUCAGAGCAAAGCAGUCCAGGGGUCUGAGCAACCUUGA